CCCGGACCACAUCACGAGCAAACAGUCGCGUACAAUGUCCUUUCGUGAUUCCAUCGUCGUCAUCAUCGAGACGAGCAGGACCGUCGUCCGUGCUGGCCUGGGUCUUCACGAACUCCUGAAGACACCCACCGUUGAAAUACAAGCGCGCGUCGGUUUGAGGCCAAACGUGUCAAAUGGGAAUGAAGGCGCCAUUGCAGUCGAUGGAGGAGGUGCGGAGGCAUCUACUAGCCGAGCACCUUCACAACCGCCCCAAGUUGCGACCGUGAAUGACUACCUGGUUGGAGCGCAACUCGAUGAAGCGCUGGCCAGUGGCCAAACUAUCAAUGUCUUUUGGCCUUUUGAGGGCGAAAACAUAAAGGAGUGGGCACAGGCUGAAGCUAUAUGGAAACAUGUUCUCUUCAACCAACUGCAACGUCGUCGUGUUCAGAAUGAAUCUCCUGUUAUCCUCGCCAUCCAGCCUGGCAUGCCACGCAGUACCUACGAGAAAAUAUGCCAGAUCUUCUUCGAGCGUUUUAAUGUUGCAGGAUUCGCCAUCAUCGAACGCCCUAUGGCCCAGAUAUACGCUGGCAACAGUCUUAGUGGUGUUGUUGUCGACAUUGGAUAUAACACAACGGACAUCACCCCAAUCUAUGAGGGUUUCAUCCUUCAUUCUGCUCGGUCACACACUGAUGUGGGCAUUCGCCAUUGCGAAAUUUAUCUCGCAAACCUCCUCCGCUCUAACACUUCUGUGAUGUCGGUUCUAUCCCCUCCCGAGGCAAUGCUUUCACCUGAGGACCUACAACAGACUCUUUUAGACUUCUCAAAAUAUAUCUGGAGCGCGGGCUAUGUCAAAGUCCCGUCCUCUGGUGAAACGGCCAUUGUGGAGGACGAGGGUGUCACGGAUAUUGCAGCAGUCCUCGUCGCGGGCAAGGAGAAAGCAGUCAUUGAGAGCGGAAUGAAAAAGAAAGCUAACGCCAAGGCUUCCGCCGCCGAACAAGCACGCGCACGGGAGAUUGAGGCCCUGGACUUGGUUACAAUUCAAUUCCGCGACAAAAGUAUAACUUUAGGGAAAGAGCGUCAUCGAUUCUGUGAGCCGCUUUUUGACCCUACCUUGUUGGGAACGAUACCACUGUCCGACGUGAACGUACCCAUCUCGUAUGCUGGCAUCUGUCCUAUACAAGAAGCGACUGGGCAUGCUGUCUCUCUCGCAGACAUCGACCAGAGAUUGUAUAUCUGGCAGGGUCUACUUGUCACUGGUGAUCUAACAAAGAACAUCAAAGGUAUUGCGGUAGCACUGCAAUCGCGGCUUGCUCCUUUUAUCAGUAAUCCUGAAUUGCAGACAGAGAUCCAGCCAAGAAGCAUCCGAAUUUUGGGCGUGCCGGAAUACUAUCCUGAAUAUAGAGACACUGGAGAGGGGUAUGCUGCUUUCCUUGGGGCAAGUAUCACAGCGAAGAUUAUCUUCAAUGAUAAUGGGGGCAAGAACUCUGUGUCGAAAUCAGAUUAUACAGCUAGAGGACCUCAUGCCAUAAUCGAGUUCACGCCAACACUUUUGUAGCUAAAUAUAUAAUACCUCAGAAUGCGAUAUUUUGGCCC